ACCGCCAUUACCUGAAUCCAUUAUUUGUCUUAACAAUUACCAAUAAAUUAUCCAGUUCAUUAGUAAAUUAUCUAAAUUUUAAGUUAUAUUCCCAACAAUUGCUUAUAAUUAUCCACCAACUGACUUAUUAGAAUGAAUGAAAACAAGCGAAACCACUUCUAAACCAAAAGCACAAACAAGAAACACUGUUAAAUAGAAGACGUCUAAAAUGUCAACAAAUUGACGCCAUUGACUGCCUUAGUAGCGUAACUUCUAUUCAAACGUCUUUUAUCUUCUUUAAUAAUUGUCGUCUUAAUCAUCGAGACAAUUCAUAAUUAACGGUAACAGUUGAUCAAUUGCAAAUAUAACUGAUAAAUAGUGUAAUAAUGUGGGUCUUAAAGGACCGUGAGAGUCAGGAAUGAAGAUUGCAAGGUAUGUCUUGGGCUUAUCCCUAGAGCAUCAAACAAUCAAUCAAUCAAGCAUUAUGUAAGUAUGGGAUGGACGACCUUUGCUUCGAUAAGUCGUGGCGCACCAAAUGCAAACUUAGUCACGGUCCUCAGAAAUUUGAAGUUGAAGAGCAUAAUUGUCAUUAAGAAGUGUAUUUCUUGAUCUUGUUUGGAGCUUCUAGUAUUCAAGAGGAAAAGUUCUUCAGAUCCUAACUGGGAUUGAGUAUUGCACAUAGAACAUCCUGUGAAAAUGGAAGCUGAAGAAUCGUCAUCAUUGCUGUUAAUCAAAGAGGAGGAGGAGACUUUGGAGGAGGGUCUUACUGAAAACGCAGGUGAAGGCUCUUCAUUUGCAGACCCCAUCUUAGAAGUCAAUGUAGAAUCAGAAUUUUUUUACCAUAGUGUAUUUGAUGUGAACUGUUCAUCCCAAUCUAAUAAAUAUGAGGAUGAUGAAAGCAGAAAGAUCUGUAUUGCAGAAGAAAAUAGACAUUUGGGUAGACAGGAUACAUUUUCAAAGGGAGGCAACACAACAGGGAAGCAAAAUACAGGUGCUGAAUGCCAAAGGAUAUUUUCAUCAAAGAGCAGCAGCCUGAAAUCCCACAUGAGAACUCAUACAAGAGAAAAACCUUAUAGUUGCUCGAUAUGCCAAAGAAGUUUUUCUCAAUCAAGUGAUUUAACAAAACACAAGAGAACUCAUACAGGAGAAAAACCUUAUAGUUGCUCUAUAUGCCAAAGAAGUUUUUGUCAAUCAGGUGUUUUAAUAAAACACAUGAAAACUCAUACAGGAGAAAAACCUUACAGUUGCUCUAUAUGCCAAAGAAGUUUUUCUCAAUCAGGCCAUUUAACAAAACACAUGAAAACUCAUACAGGAGAGAAACCAUAUACUUGCUCUAAAUGUCAAAAAAGUUUUACUGAGUCAAGUAGUCUCACAAGACACAUGAGAACUCAUACAGGAGAGAAACCAUAUACUUGCUCUCUAUGUCAAAGAAGUUUUGCUGAAUCAGGUGUUUUAAAAAAACACAUGAUAACUCAUACGGGAGAGAAAAAGUUCACCUGCUCUGUAUGUCUAAGAAGUUUUUCUCAAUCAAAUGAUCUCAAAAAACACACGAGAACUCAUACAGGAGAGAAACCUUAUAAUUGCUCUGUAUGUCAAAGAAGUUAUUCUCAAUCACAUGAUCUCAAAACACAUAUGAGAACUCAUACAGGAGAGAAACCAUAUACUUGCUCUACAUGUCAAAGAAGUUUUUCUCGGCAAAGAGAUCUAAAAACACACAUGAGAACUCAUACAGGAGAUAUAUAUACUUGCUCUAUAUGUCAAAAGGGUUUUUCCCAACCAAUGUAUUUAAAAGCUCACAUGAUAACUCAUACAGAAGAGAAACCCUAUACCUGCUCUAUAUGUCAAAGUAGUUUUUCUUAUCAGUGUGUUCUCACAAGACACAUGCGAACUCAUACUGGAGAGAAACCAUAUACUUGCUCUAUAUGUCAAAAGAGUUUCUGUCAAUCAAGUUAUCUUAAAAUUCACAUGAGAACUCAUACGGGAGAGAAACCAUAUUCUUGCUCUAUAUGUCCAAGUAGUUUCUCUAAAUCAUCUGAUCUCACAAGACACCAGCAAACUCAUGCAGAAGAGAAACCUUUCACUUGCUCUAUAUGUCAAGUAGGUUUUUCUCAAAAACGUUAUUUGAAAACUCACAUCGGAACUCAUACGGGAGAGAAACCAUACGUAUGAUUUAUAUAUAAAAAGAGUUUCUAUGUUUCAGGUACUCUCACACGACAUGUAAACUCAUACUGGAGAGAAACCAUAAACUUGCUCUAUAUGUCAAAGAAGUCUUUCUUGUCAAAGUAAUUUGAAAACUCACUUCAGAACUCAUACUGGAGAAAAACCAUAUAUUUCCUCUAUAUAUCAAAAGAAAUUUUAGUGGCUCAAGUACUUUCACAAAGUACAUGAGAACUCAUACUAGAGAGAAACCAUUCACUGGUCUUUUUGUCAAAGAAGUUUUUCUCAAGAAAGUAGUCUCAAAUAUCACUUGAGAAAAGUACAUGGGAACUGAAGGAAAUAGAAAUAAUACCUCUGGUGGUUGGGGCAACAGGACUUAUAAAGAAAAACCUGAUGGAAUAUCUUCAGGCAAUACCAAGUUGCCCAAAUAUAAGGUGCAGAAUGCUGCCCUCAAAGGAAUGGUAAAUACCUUGAAAAGAGCCCUCAGAUAUAAGGCUAGUGGAAUAUAGAGGUGCAACCAUAGACCCCAGGCUGGGGCCCAUUGCACCCCUGAUAUAUAUUUAAAAUUAGAAAUAACAUAAGCCAGACGGAAACCAUAUACUUGCUCUAUAUGUCAAAGAAGUUUUACUCUUUAACUAAUUUAAAAACACACAUCAGAACAGAUACAUGACAGAAACCAUUCACUUGCUCCGAUGUCAAAGAAGUUUUUCUCAAUCAAGUCAUCUCAAAAGACAAAAAAAUUCGCACUAGACAGAAACUGUAUACUUGAUCUCUGUCCAUGUAGUUUCUAUUACAUGUUUUUAUUUAACUCGACUCCUGCAUUUGACUGUCCAGAAAUCCUGUAGCUUUAUUUUUUACCUGCUCCCUUUGUCUGAUGGACUCAAAAUUUUGCCUGGUUACUCAAUCCUAAUAGACUGGACUGACUGUAUUGCAGUAUUUAUUUUAGGGUAACCAGUCAGAAGUGUUGAGAAAAGACUUGCUUCGUAAGUGACUAAAAUAACAUAUUCUGAUUAGAUUAAACGUUUUUUAUUUCAAUGUAUAAAAUGAAAAAUUGAUAAUAAAA